AUGGGCCUUUGUGAGGACCAUGGCCCAUUAGACUUUAGCAGUCAAUGCGUACGACUAUCAUGGAGCGCAUUUCUUCCAGCAGUCUUCGUUUUCGCUUUGUGCUUAUCGACUAUACCCCUACCACAACCUGCCCGACGGAUACUACGAUUUCUAGGCGCGCCAUUCAAGACUUACCUGACGUUACAUGAAGCGGAGGCCAUUGAUAUCACCGGAGAGAAAGGUUUUGAUGGAGACGACACGGAGAUUGUGUUGGAAGUGUCCCAUAUCGCCCCCCUUUGGCGCACUGUGGUAUUUGUAUUCGUAGGAAUCGUGCAGUGUUUCUGCUGGGUCGCACAUGGCUCAUUCCUCAUAUACAAUGAUACAACGGAUAUAUGGGCAGGAGUGGCUUCAUUCCUUGUAGCUUUUGCUUGGAUGUACACCGUCGUCCGACCCAUCGUUAUUCCGCCAGCGACCGGCCCCGCCGACAUGUUCACAUUGUAUUUAAUCCUGCUAUUCACCUCAAUCCUUCAAUUUGGCGGAGCUUUAUUCGAUAACCGUGUCUUAGGGGCCCCGCCUCCAUCUAAUCUUGCCCUGCUUGGUAUGCUCACCAAUUUACUUUCCCUCAUACUCCUAUUGUCUGUAGUUGUCACAAUACCUUUGGCACUCCCGAGCAACCGCGUUGAUCCUAAGGAAAUUGGGCAUUCUGUCUCGCCGGAGGACUACACUAACCUGUGGGGAUGGAUUACUUUCAAGUGGGUUUACCCCUUGGUUAAACGGGGAACAAAUACUACGCUUGAAGAAAAGGACGUAUGGGAUAUGAGUCCCACAAUGCAAUCGAGGCCUAUUUUUGUCAAGUUCAGCUCCAUCAAACGUUCCACCCUGCUCCGUCGCCUAUGGGCGGCCAACUCCCUUGAUCUCAUCUUGGAUUUCUCCUUAACUUUUGUCAGCGUGUUGUUUAACUAUGCAGGUCCUUUUUUCCUAAAGCGGAUCCUAGAUUUAAUUGACUUGGAAGAGCCAACGCCGGAAAGCCGCACGCGAGCAUACAUAUAUGCGUUCCUCGCGUUCACAUGUUCCAUUUUGAAGGCACAAGCUGACGUUCAGCACCUAUGGUUUGGCCGACGGGCAGCAACGCGGAUUCGCUCCGAGCUGAUGGCGGCGAUAUACGACAAGGCAUUGAAACGCAAAGAUUUCUCAGGCGUCGUCAACAAAGACAAAAAAGAGGAGGAAGUUAAGGAAUCCCCAUCAAAUGGUGUCGAGACCAAAGAGUCCAAACGCAAAUCAAAAGCGAAGAAGAAAGAAGAAAAGGAAAAAGCAGCUAAAGCUGAUGACCCCAAAGCCGGAGCUGAUGUUGGAAAAAUAGUCAACCUUAUGGCUGGGGACGCCAAUAGGAUUUCUAUGACAAUUUCAGCCUUGUACUUCAUAUAUGGCGCGCCCUUUGAGAUUAUCAUCGCUGGUGUAUUCCUGUAUCAACUAUUGGGUCUCAGCGCUUUUGCAGGAUUUGUAGUAUUGCUUGUCGGAUGGCCUCUCAACAGCUUCAUCGCUCGCCGAAGUAUCAGAAUCCAGAAAGGCGUGCUUGCUGCACGAGACAAGCGUAUGGGAGUCCUUAAUGAGUUAAUUGGCGCAGUCAAAUUCAUCAAGUUCUUUGCUUGGGAAGAGCGUUGGAUUGGCAAGGCCCUAGACGCACGAGAGUUUGAAAUGAAAUGGAUGGUUAAAGCUCGUAUCAACUCGGUUUUGUUUGGCCUUCUCUGGACGACUGCUCCGAUCUUAGUAUCCAUCAUCUCGUUUAUGGCCUAUGUUCUACAGGGCAAUGAGCUGACCAUUAGUACUGCUUUCACGGCAAUUGCUCUAUUCAAUAUGGUCAGAGCACCACUGAAUGUUAUCCCAACCUGGAUCGUCCAAAUUUUGCAGACUGGUGUCGCGCUCAAUAGGAUUUCUGUCUAUCUCGACGAAGAAGAGGUCACAGAUCAGGUUUCUUCGCUCAAGAAGGACUAUUCGGAGCCCCUAUUGCCUGGUGCGGACGAUGAAGGACUUGGGCUCGAGAAUGCGUCUUUCAAAUGGAAUGAGGUAACGGAUGCAGUGGAUAAAGAUAAAGGCAAGAGUGACGGGAAAACUACCUUACCUACUACCACUGCCGACCUGACUGCCGACGACGCCAGCACAACCGUUGAUGAUAACGCCUCUGAAAGGAGUGUUACGGGACCUCAAGACCGAGUGUUCGAGUUAAGAGAUAUAUCUGUCGUUUUCCCGCAGGGUGAAUUGACUGUUGUUACUGGACCAACCGCUUCUGGGAAAACUGCACUUCUCCUCGCCGUUCUUGGUGAAUUGACCCUUACAAAAGGACGUAUAAUUAUGUCCAAGGAGCCGUCGCGCGUCGAUGAGAACGGACUCAUGCACUGUAUCUCCUACGCGGCCCAAUCGCCAUGGUUAAGGCACCAAUCAAUCAAGGACAACAUCCUGUUUGGGUACCCGUACGAUGAGGCACGAUAUAACAUGGUUAUCGAUUCCUGUGCUCUCAGGCCCGAUUUGAAGAUGUUAGAGGACGGCGAUGCAACAGAGAUUGGAGCAAGGGGUGUGAGUUUAUCAGGAGGACAGAAAGCAAGAGUUGCGCUGGCACGAGCCGUUUAUGCUCGAACCAAAUAUGUGCUGCUGGACGACCCUCUCAGUGCGGUCGACAGUCAUACCUCAAGGUUCCUUUAUGAGAAGCUUUUGCGAGGCCCACUUUUGGCUAACAGAACUGUCGUACUGGUAACACAUCAUGUCGAACUUGUGCUUCCUGGGGCCCAUUAUCUUAUCCGUAUGCUUGAUGGCCGCAUCGACACCCAAGGAACAGUCAAGGAACUCAGGGAACAAGGUGUUCUAGAAGAAAUUAAAUUGGAUGCCUCUGUUGACGCGCACAAGGAAGAGGCUAUUGAGGCGGAUGCAGCUGCGAUUGAAGAAACCCUCGAAGAUCCUUCUAAAACGGCCGACGCUACCAAAAAGCCCAGGAAACUUGUCAAAGAUGAGCAUAGAGAGACAGGGGGAGUCAAGUGGUCUAUCUACAAGAGUUACCUCAAGGCCUCCUCGUACUGGACAUGGGCUUUCCUAGCCUUGAUCAUUGUCCUAAUUCAAUUUUUGAACAUUUCCGAGAAACUUUGGAUCAAGACUUGGGGUGAAGCGUAUAAGAUCGGCAACGAGACUUCUCCAGCAUUCUACGAGUUCCGCACGUUUGCCACCGCUGAACACGAAGCAUCUAUGGAUGGCCUUUCCAUGAAUCAUCAACAUUACCAUACUUAUCAGAGCCUAGCGCCCCCAAAAGGCAUAUUUGGUAUUCAAUGGCCUAAUGCCUCUGAACAUCCCCUCUUUUACAUCGGGAUCUACGCUGGCAUUGGUAUGGCAACUGCACUAGCAAGUAUCACUUCAGUAAUGAUUCAGUAUACGGGUGCAUUGCGAGCCUCCCGCAUUCUUUUCAAGCAACUUCUCGUAACUGUUGUACGAGCGACCUUCCGAUUCCAUGAUACAACCCCACAGGGCCGCAUGCUUAAUCGAUUUGGGAAGGAUGUAGAAACCAUUGACUCCUCCCUAGCUGGAUCUUUGCAAGCCGUCAACUCCUCUCUGAUGGGAUUCUUUGCUGCCAUCAUCACUGUUGCCGUUGUCUUCCCUUACUUCAUCAUUCCAGCAAUUUUCAUAGGCUUUGCUUAUCGUUCGUUGGCGAUCGGAUAUCUCAACACUGGCCGAGACCUUCGAAGAAUGGAAUCUAAUUCGAGGUCCCCUAUCUUUUCAGACUUCGGAGAGCUCCUUGAAGGAAUUGUCACCGUCAGAGCUUUCUCUGCCGAAAGGAGAUUCUUGGAUAAUUUGCACAAGAAGAUUGAUGUUACCACCAAGAUGUGGUAUACUUUCUGGAUGACCAACCGAUGGCUGCUACUCAAUUUCGAUGCUCUCGGUGCACUUUCUGUACUGGUUACCACAUUGUUCUCUAUAGCUACGCUCGCAAACGGUGCCGGCCUCGCUGGUCUCUGUAUUACAAGCGCAAUGGCCUUUACAUCUUCAGUUUAUUGGGCGUGUCGAUUCUGGACUGGUCUCGAGCUCGAUCUGAACUCUGUUGAACGUGUCGUUGAAUACCUUGAUCUUCCUCAGGAACCGCCCGCAAUAAUUGAAUCAAAUCGCGUACCCGCUUACUGGCCAUCGAGUUCUAAUAACGACUCGCUCGUUGUCGUCGAAGAUUUGGAGAUCAAAUAUGCCCCAGAUCUGCCGGCCGUUUUGCAUGGCGUGUCGUUCUCUCUGAAAGCUGGGGAAAGAGUUGGCCUUUUAGGUCGCACUGGAAGUGGAAAAUCUACACUUGCUAUGAGUAUUCUGAGAUUUGUUGACCCCACCAAUGGUCGAAUCAUGAUUGACGGAAUUGACAUAUCUACUAUUGGAAUUCACGACUUGCGCUCACGACUAACCUUCAUCCCUCAAGAUGCCACUCUAUUCUCAGGGACGUUACGAGACAACCUCGAUCCAUUUGGUGACCACACUGAUGCUGAAUGCCUGGACGUGUUGCGCAGAGUGCAUAUGAUUACGGACAGUCCACAUUUGUCUCUCGAAUCGUCCAGAGAUCAGAGUGCAUCAUCAUCGCGCAAUCCAACCAGACCUUCAACCCCAACGGGUCACGAUCGCGAAAGCACCAUUGACACCAUGUCAGCAGCUUCAACCAAUGUUGACUCCAAGGCUUCGGUGUCGCUUGAUACCAAGGUAUCUGCAGGGGGAACUAACUUCUCGCAGGGUCAAAGACAAUUGAUUGCGAUGGCCCGGGCGUUGCUUCGUCGCAGUUCCAUUAUUGUAUUGGACGAGGCUACCAGCAGCAUCGAUUUUGCGACGGAUGCCAAAAUCCAAACUACCAUUCGUGAAGAGUUUACCAAUUCUCUUCUUCUGACAGUCGCACAUCGUCUUCGUACUGUCAUUGACUAUGACCGUUUAAUCGUUCUGGACAAAGGACAGAUCGUCGAGUUUGAUACCCCUUGGAAUCUAAUCAACAAGGAGGAUGGAAUAUUCAGAAACAUGUGCAUGAAGAGCGGAUCUUUCACUGAGCUGGAAUCGGCCGCGAAAGCUAAAGCUAGUUCGAAUGCUUGA